AUGGCGCCCUCCGAUACCCCCGAGGAAUUCGAUUACGAAGCCCUUCCUUCCAACUAUGGACUUGGCCGGAAUAUGUUAGCCGGUGCUUUCGCAGGGAUAGCGGAACACUCGGUGAUGUACCCCGUGGAUUUGCUUAAGACUCGCAUGCAAAUUCUGAACCCUUCAUCUGGCGGUCUCUACACGGGAUUGACCAACGCGGUCUCCACAAUCUACCGGGUCGAGGGCUGGCGGACACUAUGGAAGGGUGUAUCAAGUGUGGUUGUUGGCGCAGGUCCGGCACACGCGGUGUAUUUCGGCACAUAUGAGAUCGUGAAGGAAAUGGCUGGUGGUAAUGUUGAUGAUGGACACCACCCUUUGGCCGCAGCUAUGAGUGGAGCGUCCGCUACAAUUGCCAGCGAUGCGCUGAUGAACCCAUUCGAUGUCAUGAAGCAACGUAUGCAGGUCCACGGCUCCGUCCACAAGACCCUAGCGCAAUGCGCCAAGACUCUUUACCGCACCGAAGGUCUCCAGGCCUUCUACGUCUCCUACCCUACCACACUCUGCAUGACCGUACCCUUCACGGCCACUCAGUUCGUUGCCUACGAGUCGAUCUCUAAGGUGAUGAACCCUAAGCAAGACUACGAUCCGUUCACCCACUGCAUAGCCGGUGGUCUGGCCGGUGCCUUUGCAGCUGGUAUCACAACUCCGCUUGACGUUGUGAAGACGCUCCUCCAAACCAGAGGACUCGCAGAUAGCCAAGAGGUGCGGUCUGCAAAGGGUCUGUGGGAUGCCGCUGCUAUCAUCAAGCGUCGGUUUGGCUGGGCUGGUUUCCUGCGCGGCAUGCGCCCUCGUAUCAUUUCAACCAUGCCUAGCACCGCAAUUUGCUGGACAUCCUAUGAAAUGGCCAAGGCAUACUUCAAGCAAGCAUACGACUAA